CUCCUCGCCAAAGCUCAGCGCGCACGCCCAGCAAGCUCUGGCGGAGGCGGCAGCGACGCUCGCGAGGCCGGCUAAACCCGCUUCGAGACGAUCCCCGCUCUGACUGCCUCGCGCCGGACUCCUGCGCUCCGGCCGCCCCCGCGCCGGCCCCGGCUCGGGACCCCCGCUCCGGCCGGCCCGGCCCCCACCCCAGCCCUGCCGCCCGGCCCCAGGCACGGCCGCGGCCGCUCCCGCCUGGAGCCGCCGCGCGCCCCCAGCCCCCCGGCGCCCCCGCGGCCCCUCGCCUUCCUCUUCCCGGCGCGGCCCCCGGGCUUCCGCGCCCCGCCCGCCACCAACCCGCUCGCCACCAUGUCUGUGGAGCUGGAGGAGGCCCUGCCGCUGACGACCGCCGAAGGGGCGGCCAAGAAGGCGGCUAAGGCCAGCGGCUCGGCUUCGCUGUCCCCCUCCAAAAAAAGGAAGAACAGCAAGAAGAAGAAUCAGCCCGGAAAAUACAGCCAGCUCGUGGUGGAGACCAUCCGCCGCCUGGGCGAGCGCAACGGCUCGUCGCUGGCCAAGAUCUACGCGGAGGCCAAGAAGGUGGCAUGGUUCGACCAACAAAACGGGCGCACCUACCUCAAGUACUCCAUCAAGGCGCUGGUGCAGAACGAUACGCUGCUGCAGGUGAAGGGCACGGGCGCCAACGGCUCCUUCAAGCUCAACCGCAAGAAGCUGGAGGGCGGCGGGGAGCGGCGCGGAGCCCCGGCGCCCGCCUCCGCCCCGGCGCCUGCUGCGCACAAGGCCAAGAAGGCGGCCCCGAGCGCGGCCGCUGCGCGGCGCGCGGACAAGAAGCCCGCCAAGGGCCCGCAGCCCGAGAAGCGCUCGCACAAGAAGGGUGCCGCCUCCAAGAAGGACAAAGGCAGCAAGGCCAAGAAGGCGGCAGCCGCGGGCGGCAAGAAGGUGAAGAAGGCGGCCAAGCCCAGCGUGCCCAAAGUGCCCAAGGGCCGCAAGUGAACGCGGGGCCCCGGCGCCCACUUUUCCACCCCGAGUGCACGUAGGUUUUGCGCGGGGCACCGGCCCGGGCCGCCGUGCGCGCUCCGACUUACGGGGACCCGGCCCCGCGCCGACCUGCCCAUCCCCCGCGUGGGAGCGUUUUUUUGUUUGCUUUAGAUUUUUGAAACGGCCCUGGCGGUGCCCCUAUUGGCUCUCGCCCUUGGCAACGGCUGUCGCCUUGGUUACCGGGCACCGAAGGCCGCGCCGCGCCUGCGCGCGAGGACGAGGAUGGCCGCGCAGCCCUUCCCGCCUCCGCCCUCCCUGCCAACGGGCGCGCGCCGAGCAAUCGCGCGGGGCGCGGGGCCGCGCGGCGCAGCUUUUUCUCGUCGCCUUUUUUGGGACACAAUAAAUUGGGCACAAUAAAUUGUUUAAACCUUUGAA